AUGGAACAAACUGGCUAUAAGAUUACUUUAACCGUUUCCAGUCUCGAAGAUGGUCGUUGGGUUACACAGUAUGAUUAUGAUGGCAACAUCAACAUAAAUUGCAUACCACAUUCUCUUAUAAAUGGACAAUCCGAGGCUAUUUCUAGUGUUUCAAGUCAUUUUCUCGGUGGAAUAAAAGGUUAUCUCUUCUUUGCGAUGGGUGAUGCUAAUUCAAGCAAUUUCCUUAUCCCCUGGGAUGUUCCAACAAUCGAUAUUAAUUUUGCCUGUCAAAAUGGAACAAGUUUAAGAUGUUGCCCUCUCCUAGCACACCAAAUUUCUUCACAACACCAUUCACGUUGUGCAACAAUUAUUCUCGUAAAUAAGACUGGCUAUAAGAUUACUUUAACCGUUUCCAGUCUCGAAGAUGGUCGUUGGGUUACACAGUAUGAUUAUGAUGGCAACAUCAACAUAAAUUGCAUACCACAUUCUCUUAUAAAUGGACAAUCCGAGGCUAUUUCUAGUGUUUCAAGUCAUUUUCUCGGUGGAAUAAAAGGUUAUCUCUUCUUUGAGAUUGGUGAUGCUAAUUCAAGCAAUUUCCUUAUCUCCUGGGAUGUUCCAACAAUCGGUUCCCCUGUAUAUUCCAGUGAUGGACUUUCUGAAGAAAAGUAUACCAUUAAGUCCCAGAGAAGCCUUAACGAUACAGUUUAUUAUGUUACAGUUGAUUCAAAAACUCAUUGGAAUAUGAUACAAGGACAACAAUCUUAUAAUCCCUUCAUACAGCAAGGACAACAAGAAAAACAUACUUCAGAAGCCUUUUGA